ACUCCUCCAGCCCAGGCGGACACUCCUACGGCCCAGGUGGACACUCCCGCGGCCCAGGUGGACACUCCUCCAGCCCAGGUGGGCACUCCUCCAGCCCAGGUGGGCACUCCUACAGCCCAGGUGGGCACUCCCCCGGCCCAGGUGGGCACUCCCGCGGCCCAGGCUGUUCCCGACCUGGAGAGGCUCCUGCCCUCUGGACCCCUGGCAGAGGCUGCCCGGGACACCCCUUACCUGCAUAUAGAUGGCGCCCCCAGGAAAGGGGCAGAAGACGGUCCCAGAGGUGAAGGCCCUGGCUCCCUGGGGGAGCCCCCGUUUGCCUCGGGAAAUGCCAUCUUGGCCUCCGGGACGCUGGCUGCCGGCCACCUCGCCUCCCUCUUGCAGCCCGGAGCUGCCCGUGGCGACGUCCCGGUGGCCGGGGCCUCUGAGGGGCCCGGGGACCCCGUGCCCUACCUGGAUAGCACUCCGCUUCCAGCCGGUGGCGAGCAGGUGACAGGGGGGGAGGAAGCCGCACCUGGAGCCGGCCCCCGGGCCCCCGAGGUCCCUGCGAGCCCUGGCAGUGAGCGGGGCCCGGAGCGCAGUGGGGACAGGACGGGGGAACCCCCCCAGGACCCCGGCAGGGGCGCCUCGGGCGGCGUGGACGCCAGUCCCAGGCAGAGCAGCCCCAUCGCUGGGUUCCCCGACUUCCGGGAGCACAUCACCAAGAUCUUUGAGACGUCGGUGCGCGGAGCCCUGGCCGACCGGCCCCAGCGCGCACCUGCACCUGGAGAGAAGGUGGGGGCCCCCAGAAGUGUGGGGGGCAAGGACCUCGACGGGCCGCUGAGCCCAGGGAAGCUUCCAGACAGGACUCCAGCCGUGGCCGCCGCCCCUGUGCUCGCCCCACCCACCGGCCUCCGCGUGGACGCUGAGCCGGGCGGGGGGCAGGACCCGACAGGUGCCCGGGCGGGCGAGGUCGUGGCUGGGGGCCCCCCGGUGCCGAAGGACAGCGAGCAGCCGGAGGGGGCCCGGGGGGCUGGGCUGGGGCGGGGAGGCCAGACCCACUCGCGCUCCCCGCGGGGCAGCGGCCAGCAGGAGGCGGCCUUGGGUCCUUCCUUGCCAGAGGCGCCCGAGGAGAAAGCGGCUGGCGCACAGGCGGCCGCCCAGAGCCGCGGGGAAGCGGACUCGGUUCCAGACGACAGAAUUCCUUCAGGAGAACAGCACCGGGGCGCGUGCACCGGCCGCCGGCCACCCCAGGCAGAGGGCGCCGGGGGCCCUGCCCCCCCAGGAGCUCCUGGGGACGUGCCCGCGUCCACCUCUGCCCUGGGGGCCCCUUCUCCCCGUGGGGAUGCUCUGACGGGGGCUGAGGCCGCCCCUGAGCCCGGCCCGCCUGGCACACUUGUGGGUGAGGGGCAUGGAGGGGCUGCUGGGAUCUCAGAGACACAGAAGGCCCCGGGGCCAGCAGCAGCGGGGGACACCCCCCCAGGGCCCGGCCUGGCCGCAGGAGGUGCCAGGGAAGCAGAGGGUGACGUCGCUCUGAGCACAGCUGAGACCGGGGCCCGUGCGCCUGGUGACCCUCCGGGGGCAGGUGCCAUGAAGAUGCCCUCUGCCGUGGCUGCCGCCUGGGGACCGCCAGGGGACCACGGGGGCCCGGGCAGCUCCGAGGGGCACCAGCAGCCCACGCCCGAGCUGCCCACUCCCCCGGCGGCCAGGAAGGCAGGCGUCGCCUCACCUCCAGGACCUGAAGAAGCUGGGGACCCCCGCCUGGCCCCAGAGGCCUCCCGCGAGGAGAGCACCUCCCCGGCCGCUGCCCGUGCUGCUCGCCCGCCCCCGGCCUCGGCGCCCUCAGGACCUGCGUCUCCGCCUCCCGCCGCGGCUGGUGACGGAGUAGAAGCAGCAGCGGCCAAGGACCUGGGCAGGAGUUCUGACUCGGAAGAAGCCUUUGAGACCCCGGAGUCGACGACCCCUGUCAAGGCCCCCCCGGCCCCGCCCCCGCCGCCCCCCGAGGUCGUCCCGGAGCCUGAGGUCAGCGCGCCCCCCUCCCCGGAAGAACCAGGCGGCGCCGAGCCGGCCCCCGGCCCCGAUGGCCCGGGCGGCGCCCCCGCGGAAGGCAGCCCGCUCCGCCCGCCCGCCCACUCCUGCUCCGCCGUCUUCGACGAGGACAAGCCCAUAGCCAGCAGCGGGGCCUACAACCUGGACUUCGACAGCAUCGAGCUGGUCGGCCACCCCCGGCCCUCGGAGCCUCGGCCCUCGGACGCGCGGACGGGGUCCCCCGACGCCGGGGCCCCCGCCAGGGCCGCGCUGCCCCGCUCCCUCAGCCUGCAGGCCGGCGACCUCGAUGGUGCUUCCUGCGCCGGCGACGCCGAGGCCGCGGCCCCGGCCCCCGAAGCGAGCAGCCUGGGUCCGGGCAGCGACUCUGGUUCCCUCAAGCGGACGAAGAAGCCGAGGCCGCCUUCCCUGAAGAAGAAGCAGCCCCCCAAGAAGCCCCCGGAAGCGCCCCCCGUGCGAGAGACUCCGCCGGCGCCGGCCGAGGAGAGCCCCGGGCCCGGCGAGGAGAACGGUGCCCCCGAGACAGACACGGAGUCGGCCCCCCGGGAAGCGCCCGGGCCCGCCCCCACCGAGGAGGCGCCCCUGGAACCCGCCGCCGUGCCCAAGGCCGCCGGCCCCGUGGACUCCGUGGGCACAGACGGGGCCGUCCCCCCUGCAGGGGGCAGAGUGCAGAACUCACCCCCUGUUGGCAGGAAAGCGGUGCCCCCUGCCCCGGCCCCAGAGGCAGUGGGGGUGACCCCAGCAGAGAGUGGGGGCCCCGAGGGCCCCCCGGCCAGAGGGCUCUCAGUGAGGCUGGAGUUCGACUAUUCGGAGGACAAGGGCAGCCGGGACAGCACACAGGACACCGCCCCUGCCCCCAAGAAGCUGGGCAAAAAGCCAGGCGCCAAAAUGCCCCUCCGGAGGCCGAAGGUGAAGAAAGGCCCCGAGAAGCUGGACAGCACCCCGGCCUCGCCCCCCCGGUCCCCCGCGGAGCCCAGUGACAUCCCUGUCGCCAAAGGCUCCUACACCUUCGACAUCGACAAGUGGGACGACCCCAAUUUCAACCCUUUCUCUUCCACCUCGAAAAUGCAGGAGUCCCCCAAACUGCCCCCGCCGUCCUACGGCUUCGCCCCCGACGCCUGCGGCGAGCCCGCCGACCCCUGUCCAGCCCCCAGCUCGCCGUCUAAGUCCCCAGCCUCCUUUGAGAUCCCCGUCGGCUCCCCCGACGCCCACAGCGUGGACGGGGACGGGCUGAGCAAGCCGGCCAAGAAGAAGAAGACGCCACUGAAGACUGACACGUUUAGGGUGAAAAAGUCGCCGAAGCGGUCCCCUCUCUCGGACCCACCCUCUCAGGACCCCACGCCCGCGGCCACGCCGGAAACGCCGCCGGUGAUCUCGGCCGUGGUCCACGCGACGGACGAGGAGAAGCUGGCCGUCACCAGCCAGAAGUGGGCGUGCAUGACGGUGGACCUGGAGGCGGACAAGCAGGACUUCCCGCAGCCCUCGGACCUGUCCUCCUUCGUCAACGAGACCAAGUUCAGCUCCCCCUCCGAGGAGCUGGACUACAGGAACGCCUACGAAAUCGAGUACAUGGAGAAAAUCGGCUCCUCCUUGCCCGACGACGACGCCCCGAAGAAGCCGGCGCUGUACCUGAUGUUCGACACCUCGCAGGAGAGCCCGGUCAAGUCCCCGCCCGCCCGGCUGUCCGAGUCCCCGACGCCGUGUUCCGGGUCGAGCUUCGAGGAGGCCGAAGCCCUGGUGAACGCGGGGGCCAAGGUCCCCCAUCUGGUGCCCCGAGGGCUGGCCCCUGCCCAGGAGCCGCACGUGCCGGUGCCGGUGCCGGUGCCGGAGAAGCCCGCCCAGGAGCUGGAGGCCAGGGCCGUGGGCGCCGCCACCGAGGCGAUCGAAAUCGCAGCUCCGGAGGGCGCCUUUGCCUCCGCGGACGCCCUGCUCAGCAGGCUGGCCGACCCGGCCUCGCUCUGCAGCGCGCUUGACUACCUGGAACCCGACUUAGCGGAAAAGAACCCCCCGGUGUUUGCGCAGAAACUGCAGGAGGAGCUAGAGUUUGCCAUCAUGCGGAUCGAGGCGCUGAAGCUGGCCCGGCAGAUCGCGCUGGCUGCCCGCAGCCGCCAGGACGCCAAGAGAGAAGCCGCUCACCCAGCCGAUGCCUCCAUCUCCAAGUCAGCCCUGUACUCCCGCAUCGGGGCGGCGGAGGCGGAGAAGGCCCCCGGCCUCCUGUUCCAGCCGCCGGACCUGGACGCCGCGCUGCAGGUCGCCCGGGCAGAGGUCCUCGCCAAGGAGAGAGAGGUCUCCGAGUGGAAGGAGAAGUACGAGGAGAGCCGGCGCGAGGUCAUGGAGAUGAGGAAGAUCGUGGCCGAGUACGAGAAGACCAUCGCGCAGAUGAUAGAGGACGAGCAGCGGGAGAAGUCGGUCUCCCACCAGACGGUGCAGCAGCUGGUGCUGGAGAAGGAGCAGGCCCUGGCCGACCUGAACUCCGUGGAGAAGUCCCUGGCCGACCUCUUCCGGAGAUACGAGAAGAUGAAGGAGGUGCUGGAGGGCUUCCGCAAGAAUGAAGAGGUGCUGAAGAAGUGCGCCCAGGAGUACCUGUCCCGCGUGAAGAAGGAGGAGCAGAGGUACCAGGCCCUGAAGGUGCACGCGGAGGAGAAGCUGGACAGGGCCAACGCUGAGAUCGCCCAGGUCCGGGGCAAGGCCCAGCAGGAGCAGGCCGCCUACCAGGCCAGCCUGCGGAAGGAGCAGCUGCGGGUGGACGCCCUGGAGAGGACGCUGGAGCAGAAGAAUAAAGAGAUCGAAGAACUCACCAAGAUUUGCGAUGAACUGAUUGCCAAAAUGGGGAAAAGCUAACUUUGAACCAAACGUUUGGACCGUUGCGUGCAAUAUGCCCGUCGGCACCCUGCUGUGCUCCCAGGCCCGGGACAGGCGCUCCCGCCGCUGCGUCCGCACGGCCGUUCCCUCUCUCGGCCCGGGACGUGGUCGUCGCAGCGCGAAGGGACCGUCCGCAGCGCGAAGGGACCGGCGGAAUUUCUUGCUGUGGGUUUGCGUUUUUCCGGGAUCGUUCAGAGCACGUUGACCUCGGAGUUCCCGCAUCAGGGAGGUGGUCCCCGUCUCUCGCGAAGGACACAGCCUGACCUUGGCCGUGCCCUUUGACCCCGAGUUCCCAGGGCGAGUGGCUCUUGGAUCUGACGUAAACACGUUCCGCUGCGCAGGGACUCUUGCCUUAAGGAUGUAACUUCAUCUGCGUUUGCCGAUUCGUUUUAAUAAGAAAAGAACAUGCAUGUUUCGAACACAGUUCUCUAUUGUAAAUAAAAGGUUUUUCUUUGGAUCUUG